CUCAGAAUUUGACCUCCUGCCCUGAUAGCAUCUGAGCCACCAUGGUAACCCGAGGUGAUGUGUACCUAUUGGAUGACCUCCGCCAACAACACCCGGCAGGCCCAGAAAGAUGCUGCCGACCAGAACUUCGACUACAUGUUCAAGCUGUUGAUCAUCGGGAACAGCAGCGUGGGGAAGAUGUCCUUCCUGUUCCGCUACGCUGAUGACUCCUUCACCUCGGCCAUCGUCAGCACUGUGGGCAUCGACUUCAAGGUCAAGACGGUCUAUAGGAACGAGAAAAGGGUCAAGCUGCAGAUCUGGGUGAGCGCCAGGAAGGGGAGCACACCGCAGGGCAGGAGAGAUACCGGACGAUCACGACGGCAUAUUACCGAGGAGCUAUGGGAUUUCUGUUGAUGUACGACUUCGCCAACCAGGAUUCCUUCAACACCGUGCAGAACUGGUCCUAGCGCAAUGGGAUCCUGGUCUGUGACUGGGAUUAUGAGGCAGUUCUGCAAUACAAAUAAUCACAUGCUGAUCUACAGAAAUACUUUUGUACCCUGGCCAUCCCCACUGGCUUAAGAGAUUAGUCACUAAAAAUGAAAAUAUGUGAACUUGACAUCUGCAGUUUAACUCAGUCCCCUCUUCUCCUGCACUGAGUGUUCUUUCUACUCAGUACAUGCUGUCUGAACACACAGCACAACCGUGAUGGAUGGUGACAAAAAGCCUGGAGACUUUUUUCCCAUUUGAUGGGUCUUGUGAUGUCCUGGGUCAUGUAUAUGGACCUGGAGAAGAAAGAGGAGGUGACAUUCAUUUGGAUGAAGAGGAAUUUUGGACAAUGGAUUAUGUCUGGAAAAGCAGGAGUUCUGUUUCACUGAUCAGCUCUCCUCCCGAAGUGCAGUGAAGCAACAAGCAUUAGCUUUAGGCUCUUAUGGCAACUUUUUAUACAAUGGAUUUCGUUGCAUAUGUUCCUCUUGCUCAUGCCACCAUGGAAAUAGGUAACACAUGGUUACAAGCCAAGUAUGAUUAAAAAAAAAAAAGGAUUGCCUCAGGUUAGGCUGUUGAGUUCAUAUCUAGGUCCCCAAAUAAAUGGCUUGACUUAUACCAGCACUGAGUAACAACAACACCACCACCAAAAGAGUCUCAGCUUACUGUAAGCACUGAUUUAGCUGAGUUCUCUAUCAAUCUUGGCAUUAAA